AUUACACGUGGGCGGAGGACCAGAACACCAACCCAGGGCUCCAUCUAGGGCAAUUCAUCACCGAGAGCAAGCGAGAGAGAGAGAGAGAGAGAGAGACGACGGAGCUGCCGAGCCAGACACUGCGAAAUUAGAAUCCCGGGAGUGUGAGUUGGGUUGCUGUUUUCUCUAGAUGGCAAGGAGCCCAAGCCCUGAGAUAGAUGAUGAACUUUUUAAUGAAGUUUAUGGCAAGGAGUAUACUGGGCCACCUCGAUCAACUGCCAAUAAUAUGUCAGCAAAGGCAAAUACAAACAAGAGGCCUUCUGCUGGUACUCAGUCUGAUGAGGAUGAUAAGUCUCAAGAUCCUAAUGCUGUUCCUACUGAUUUUACCAGCAGAGAGGCUAAGGUAUGGGAGGCUAAAGCUAAAGCGAUUGAGAGGAACUGGAAGAAAAGAAAAGAAGAAGAAAUGAUCUGUAAGAUUUGUGGAGAAUCAGGUCAUUUUACCCAGGGAUGUCCAUCUACUCUGGGAGCGAACCGUAAAUCUGCAGACUUUUUUGAAAGGGUGCCAGCAAGAGACAAGAAUGUAAGAGCCCUUUUCUCUGAAAAGGUGAUAAGUCAAAUUGAAAGAGAUAUUGGUUGUAAGAUAAAAAUGGAUGAAAAGUUUUUGAUUGUCAGUGGGAAAGAUAGGCUUAUACUGGCUAAAGGUGUAGAUUCUGUGCACAAAGUCAUUCAGGAGGAUAAGGGUCAAAGGAGAAGCCCUACUAGUUCAGACAGGAUGCGAUCCAGAUCCCCUGAUGAAGCUCUGAGGGGCUCUGAUCUAAGACGUUCUGAAUCUCAGAGGUCUCAUUCUAGUCCAAGAAAUAUGACACGGUUGCAGAACAGGGCUUUCAACAAGGACAGACAUGUUCAAGAUCGUGUUCAUGAACAUCCACAGAAAUUUUUUAGGGGUUUUUCACAAGCAAAAGCUUAUGCUAAUGGAGGAGGAAAAGGUCGUCCAUCCCAUUCAAAAUCUCCACUACGCCUUGCUUUUGGUGGUGGUGCAUAUAGACCAUACGAUGGGCACAGUCAUAGCACUGGGGCACACAAGAGUAAUAACUGGGAUACUGAGAGGCGUGGAAUAGAUUCUCAUUCUGAAUGCAAGUUUGACUUCCCUAAUUACCAACCAACAUUGGAAGAACUUGAAAUGGAGUUUAUGAGAGAGGUGAUGGAAUUGGCAAGGGUCCGUGACCAAGAAGAGGAAGAAGAAAACUACAAACAUCGUGAGUGCAUAAAGGAACAGAGAGAAAACUAUAUGAAGAAGCUGGCAAUCUCGAGGGGUAUGCAUGCAAAGCGGUGGGAAGAAUUUCUUCAACUUGAUAGCCAGAAGCGGCUGCAAGCACAGCAGACAGCUUAUAACCAACAGGCUUACCCAGAUUGUGAUCAGGCCUCAAGGAACUUGCAGUAUGUGGGAUCUGGCUUACUUUUGGAUUCGAGAAGCAGAUAUCCAUACACUGGUGAGAACUAUUCAGCUCCAAGGCCUCACGAUGCUUUUGGUGAGAUGCAGCAUCAGAGGCAUGAAAGUUUCAGAAAGGCAUAUGGGCGAUGUUAACUUGUAUUUGAUCUGGUGGUGAGUUGAUCAAAGCCAUUUUAUCUCUCCCUUGGUAGGACUAUUUAUGUCUCUCAUUGCUUCCCCCUGUUCACUAGAGACCCACCCUAUCUCUGACAAGUUAAAAGAGUUCAUUGCUGACUGGCUGUGGCCUUUGGAGGUAAGUUUGGGGAAGCAAAGUGCAAACCUACUCUAUUCCUGGAAGCGAACUCCUUAGAGGCCAGUACAUGUGAAGUAAUUCAUGUUCAGAUAUGCUAAAGAAUGAACUUUGAUGGAUAUUCUUGGUUUCAUUUCGCUGCAUUGUACUUAAAACACUUCAAUAAAUUUUCAAGGUGAUUGUAUGGGGAUUCCACAAUAGUGCAGGAUGUUUGUUUCAUGGUAUGUACAUUUCCUGUAUUUAGAGUUCAAAGUGACCUAACAAGUGACGCAGCAUUCUUAUGAACAGAAGUAUGUAUUUCAGAUGCUUUUUGCA